AAGAAACAAACAAGAGAGUCUCACAGACUUUAUUGAAGGGGCUGGCUUUAAACCACAAUCCUCAGAUCUCAGCCUUCUGACUAGCUAAAAUUACAGGUGUGAGCUGCUGACACUUGGCCAAUAACUGCUUAUUAUGGGCAUAGGAAUACUCUUUUCCUUAUGUGCCUCAUGUUAGGAAACUGAAUCAUGAGGGUAUUAGAAUAAAGAAGGAGCAGAAAAUGACCUUAACCUCAUUGAAGCUGACCAGGUCAACUUCAAUGGAAAGUUGAAGAGGGAGGUGCCAUGGUAAUCUGAAGAGAGUGAGGAAACAGGAGGCAUGGCAUAAGGGGAUGGUGGGUGAGGUACUUAAGUAGGGGUAUCCUGGGAGGAGAGCAGGGUUCCAGUAGCUCAAGGGUUCAGUGAGUUUCUUAAGUUUAUGGUACAAGUCUGACUCCAGGAGCCUAUUGUUUGAGCAAGUCUCUCAGGUGCCCAUCAUCUGAGAGGAUGGGGGAUUGGGUUUUCACAUUUAGAUUAAGAUUCUGAGCUGGAAACUGGGCCAGAGUAUUUCAGGAAGAUUCCCUUGGCAGAAGGGUAGUCAGUGAGCCAAGCCAUGGGAGCAAUAUUGAGUUAAGAGAAUAAAGCAGAUUCCUGUCCUCAAAUUUUGAUGUGUUAGGACUAGAUAUAUUUGAUAAUAUAGCAAUUCUGGGGUCUGAUUUUUUUUCCUGGAUUAAAACGAUUAACUAAUUUCUUCUUGAUCUCAAGAAUGUUUAUUUUCCAUGUUUGCCUGGUAGCUAUUUUUGCUGAAAUACUUGUGUUUGUUUCCCUAUUUUCUUUAAAGCCAGAAUUCCUAUGGCCUGCCCUGUGAAUUCAUAACUGAUUGAUCAGUGAUUGAAGUUGCUAUAAAAUACCUCAAGUUUUAAGGUCUCAGCCAUCUGCUGAUAAAUGGAUUUCAAUUGGGGAACAUAAAUUUUAAGACAAUAAAGAAUGCUGAUGGGAGAACAAUUAUUCUAAUUUCCAAAUUGUCAAGCUGGUUGCCAUGAUGGAUGAUCAGCAAGCAUUGAACUCAAUCAUGCAAGAUCUGGCUGUCCUUCAUAAGGCCAGUCGACCAGCAUUAUCCUUACAGGAAAGUAGAAAAGCAAAAUCUUCAUCACCAAAAAAUCAGAAUGAUGUCCGAGUCAAAUUUGAACAUAGAGGAGAAAAAAGAAUCCUUCAGUUUCCCAGACCAAUUAAGCUAGAAGAUCUGAGGUCUAAGGCUAAAAUUGUAUUUGGACAGUUUAUGGAUCUCCAUUAUACCAACAAUGAGUUGGUAAUCCCAUUAACUACCCAAGAUGAUUUGGACAAAGCUGUGGAGCUGCUGGAUCGCAGUAUUCAUAUGAAGAGCCUCAAGAUACUGCUUGUAAUAAAUGGAACUACACAGGCUAUAAAUUCAGAACCAUUGCCCUCGUUAGAAGAUUUGGAUAAUACAGUACCUGGAGCAGAGAGGAAGAAAAGGCUUUCUCUAAUCGGUUCUACUAGUAGAGAUAGAAGUUCCCCUCCCCCAGGAUACAUUCCAGAUGAAUUACACCAGGUUGCCCGGAAUGGGUCAUUCACUAGCAUCAACAGUGAAGGAGAGUUCAUUCCAGAGAGCAUGGACCAAAUGCUGGAUCCAUUAUCUUUAAGCAGCCCCGAAAACUCUGGCUCAGGAAGUUGUCCAUCACUCGAUAGUCCUUUGGAUGGAGAGAGCUUUCCAAAAUCACGAAUGCCUAGGGCACAGAGCUACCCAGAUAAUCAUCAGGAAUUUUCAGACUAUGAUAACCCUAUCUUUGAGAAAUUUGGAAAAGGAGGAACAUAUCCAAGAAGGUAUCAUGUUUCAUAUCAUCAUCAAGAAUAUAAUGAUGGUCGUAAAACUUUUCCAAGAGCUAGAAGGACCCAGGGCACCAGUUUCCGGUCUCCUGUGAGUUUUAGUCCUACUGAUCACUCCUUAAGCACCAGUAGUGGCAGCAGUAUCUUUACCCCAGAGUAUGAUGACAGCCGAAUAAGAAGAAGGGGAAGUGACAUAGACAAUCCUACUUUGACUGUAAUGGACAUCAGCCCACCCAGCCGUUCACCUCGAGCUCCUACCAACUGGAGACUGGGAAAACUGCUUGGUCAAGGAGCCUUUGGCAGGGUCUAUCUCUGUUAUGAUGUUGAUACAGGAAGAGAAUUGGCUGUUAAGCAGGUUCAGUUUGACCCUGACAGCCCUGAGACCAGCAAGGAAGUAAAUGCACUUGAGUGUGAAAUUCAGUUGCUGAAAAACUUGCUGCAUGAGCGAAUUGUUCAGUAUUAUGGCUGUCUGAGGGAUCCCCAGGAAAAAACACUUUCCAUCUUCAUGGAAUAUAUGCCAGGGGGCUCAAUUAAGGACCAAUUAAAGGCAUAUGGAGCUCUUACUGAGAAUGUGACUAGGAAAUAUACCCGUCAGAUUCUGGAGGGUGUUUAUUAUUUGCACAGUAAUAUGAUUGUCCAUAGAGAUAUCAAAGGUGCAAAUAUCCUGCGAGAUUCAACAGGCAAUGUCAAACUAGGAGAUUUUGGGGCCAGCAAACGGCUUCAGACCAUCUGUCUCUCAGGCACAGGAAUGAAGUCUGUCACAGGCACUCCAUACUGGAUGAGCCCGGAAGUCAUCAGUGGAGAAGGCUAUGGCAGAAAAGCUGAUAUCUGGAGUGUAGCAUGUACUGUGGUAGAAAUGCUAACUGAGAAGCCACCUUGGGCUGAAUUUGAAGCAAUGGCUGCCAUCUUUAAGAUUGCCACUCAGCCAACAAACCCAAAGUUGCCACCUCAUGUCUCAGACUAUACUCGAGACUUCCUCAAAAGGAUUUUUGUAGAGGCCAAACUGAGACCAUCAGCUGAUGAACUCCUGCGGCACAUGUUUGUGCAUUAUCACUAGCAACCAGCCGGUAGCCUGCUGUGCCUGUACCCAGUUCCCAUCCUAUUCAUUCACCUUCUCUCUGACUGCACUUUUUUUCAUAAAAAAAAAGAGAGAUGGGGGAGAAAAAAGACAAGAGGGAAAGUAUUUCUCUUGAUUCUUGGUUAAAUUUCUUUAAUAAUAAUAGUAAUUAAAUUUUAUAUUUAAUCUUUUUUCCCUCUUUAGAAGAACUUGAAACUUUUAAUUUUUAUAAUGUACUGAUGUGGUUCAGAGAGAUAAAGCACUUUAGUACAUAUUCACUCUUUUUAGUAUAAACAAGUCAUUUGGAUUACAUAGACAGUAAUCUUUCUGUGCAUUACUUAUUCUAUUGGUGGUACCAAGGAGACAUGGAAGACAAGGGGAAGAAAAUGAUGUACAAUUUGUAGUUUUUAGUGAUAAUUUAAAGUAGAUGCUCAUUUGUAAGUUUGAGCCCUAAAUUUGAGUUAGGGUAGGUACUCAACUUAAAGAAUACAGUUUUUUUUUUCUUAUAUCUGUAUUCUUUAGAUCCUAACCUCUGUCUACCAAGCUUUUUGCUCAGUAGGAGUCUUGAUAGAAGAUAUGAAUCUCUAAGAAGUAUGUUAAUUUGUCAACCAGUAUAAUAAGCAAAUACACUAUAAUAGAUCCGUUACUGGAAUCUUUAGACUUAGAGGGCUAGCUCUCUGCUUAAAAAAACAAAACAAUAGUACUUUAUUUGAAAACAUAUGGGAAGUCAAUGAGUAAAACUAGUUAAGAGACAAAAGAAGAUUGCUCUCAUUAAAUGUGUGAACAGUAAAAGAGACCAUAUUUGCCAAGUAAAUAGAAAUAAAGACAGAACCAAGUAUUUAGUAUAUUUUAAACUGUUCUUGAGGGGGAGACCCAGAAUUAAGGAACUGAGAAAUAAUAAAAAUCAUGUAUACUGUCUUAUUUCCAGUCACUGAUAAUGGUUUUUAGGAACUAAAGUUCAGCCUUAAGUAUCCAUGUGUUAAAGCCAGUGUCUUGAGAUAAAACCUUUGUUCUCAGGAUCACAGAAUACCAAUAAUGUAUGUCAGAAAAACAGAUAUGUAAAGCACUGAGAUUGUCAGUGGCUUGGGGUAAUUUCACUUCCUCUGGCAUUUGGCAAUAUCUGGAGACACUUUUGUUUGUCCUAACUGAGAAGAUAAUACUGGCAUCUAGUGGUAGAGGCCAGGAUGCUGCUAAAAUAGUUGCCAUUACACAGAAUAGCACCCCCAAAUUCUUCUGCCCCAAAUGUCAAAAGUGCCUAGAUUGAGAAACCCUGACAUAGAUGCAAGUCAAAGCUACAAAUUGAAAGCAGAUAUGUGCAAAAAUGCAAAAGGAAUUAUAGAGAGAAAAUAUGUACAAUAAAAUGGGGGUUUCAUAAGAAGAGAUACCACUACUUUAGGGGUGAAUGAUCUCAGCAAAUAGCAAUCACUUCCUUACUAGCUAUAGAUUAUACUGAAAUCAGUUCUUCCAUUCUAGAAACAAGAUGAGUUUGAAUAUCAAGCCUUUUAAAAACUCAGCAUCUGUGUAUAUUCUUACCUUAAAUGUCAACCCAUAAUUUUGGGCAAAAGUGCAUAUCAAAACAAAUUGUUUACUACCAGCAAGGAGGUUAAGACACUGCUGGGUACUUGCAGUAUAAGUAUGCACUGAGAACAAGGACAUUAAAUGGAAAAAGACAGCUGGAAAAGAUCCCAUGAUCUCCAAUGAAAUUGUGCUGCUAAAAAAGAUUGAGGAUACCUCAUUUGGUCAUUUGAAGAAUUUCCAGCAUAUUAAAUGCUAAGUACUUCAUUUUUAAAGGUCUAGAAAAUAAUCAUCUUCCCAGAGGACUAAAUAAGCCUUUUAUGUGUAGAAUCCCUAAGAAAGCUUAGGUAUUAUUUUCUGCCACAAGAUGUGCUUACUUGGCAGUUCUUUGAAGUUAGGUAGAUCUUGGUUUAAUUUAUCAAGGUCCUUCUGACUGUAAGAAUAUCUGAAAUUCCACUAAUUGGCCUGAAAGUCAAAGCACAAAACUAACACUUCACUCACACUCUGAAAAAUCAAAGGAAGCAGCUUGCAAAAAAAAGAAGAAUUAGGACCCUUUCACAUUGGUAAAUCAGCUAGCUGCCUAAACUUGGGCUUUCCACAUGGUAUUCAUGUAUGGGGCUCUAUUAUAAUUUCCUCAUCUUUGAUGAGGGAGGGGAUCUUUUCUACUUGAGGAAGAUCAUGGUAUCUGGACCAGUGGGUUUUUGCUUCGUUUCUUUGUAUUAUGUAGUUGUGAUUGCCCUUUGGCUCAUUUUUGGUUAGGAUAACCACAAUACCAAAUCCGAGGCAAAUGUUCUUCAAAGGGAAAUCUAGGGAGACUGUGGAACUCAGAGCAAAAUUGUUGGCUUUUUUUCAGUCUCCUUUUUCUAAAUGGUAUAGGAAAUUUUGACACCGGAGGGAAAAUAAAAAAAACUAGCACUGUAACAACACCUUUGCUUUAUAAGAAAAAUAUUAACUAUGGGAAAAUAAUGUUCUUUAUGUAAAGACUUAAAAAUAGACUAAUAGUUUACAGACAGUAUAUAGAUUGUGAUGUGAAUUUAUUACAGACAACUUAUAAAGGUACCAAAAAUUACAAUAAAAGUUAAUAUAUAUAAAUCUCCUGGAACAGAAAAACUUGAAAUUGUGGUAGCGGGAGUGAAAGACCAAAAGUAAAUGUUAAAAAGAGCCUUUUGAAACACUGUUAUGAGAAGAAAUUAAAUAUUACACUCCUUUUUUUUUCUCUUUCUUAUAAUGGUAUAUACCAACAGAACUAAAUUUGAAAGUAACUCUAAAUCUAUUUUGGGUUUUUUAAUGUACAACUGAUUCUUCUAUACUGUAAUGUUUCUUUUCAAAGGCUGGAAAAUGGCCAGACUGCUGACUUUGUGCCUUUAAAAUGCAUUCUGCUUUAACAGUAGCAGGCGUUUUGGUGCUGGAAAAGGAAGAUUCACUAGCAGUCUUCUAUGUGCUUUUCAGGAAAUACCUUCCUACUUAGGCCUUGAGCAAUUCAGGCACAUGACUUAGGAUUGGACCAAAUAUAAGACCUUUCUCUUUGCAAAAACGUGAGUUGAAUGAAAUGACUAAAAAUAUUAUGACAGAUGGAAAUUUUAACGAGUUAGUAAGUCCUUAAAAUGUAUUUAAAAGUUGAGGUUAGAGGCAUUGUUCAGUUGGUAGUGUGUGACCUGAUGAGUGAAAGCAUCAGGUACAGAAUUCAAAAAUCCUGGUCUCAGACCUAAAAAAAUGUAUUUAAAGGUACACUGACAUGAGACUGCAUGAAGAGAAAAAGGUUCACUGAUUUUGAAAUUUUCAGAAUGAAUUAGCUAAAAAAUUUUCAGCACUUCCUGCUUAUUUACAACUGUUUCUAGCUUAAAAAAUGACAAAAACUAUUACCUUAAGAAGUUUUACAAGGUACCCUUUCAUAAUGUGUAUGAGAUUGACUAUUAAUGCAAAUGCUGAACUAUAAGAGAGAAACUAAGACUUUGAUAUCAGAUAAAUUGAAUUGGCUUUUAGUUGCGACUGUGCAUUAUUAAUACAGAUCACAUAAAAAAAGUACUUCUUGAGAGUAACAUUCUGCUACUGUACUCUGAGACACAGGGCAGGUCUGAUCUGCAGUAUUCCUGAGGUGGAGUUGUUAGAGGUUUAUAAUAUGCUAAUUUACAUAUUAUAAAAUAUGUAAAAUCAUGAAAAACAUAAACUCAGAUCUGAAUAGUUCUUCUGAAUACCCAAGCCAGAUGGAGAUUCUUUGGCCCAUGGCAAGUUUUGUGCCAACAAUUUAAUUUGGGUUCUGAGAACCAAGAGCUAGAUUUAAAAUCAUCUGGUGUCAAUCAACUAUAUAAAUUUCUCAUUUAAAAAAAUAGGGUGAAUCAUUUUCAUUUCCUUAUACAGUAAUUGUGACUUACAACAUCAGAUUGUAUAUUAACAUCUUUAAGAGGUCACAGUUUAGGAGGAGGAACAUUGGCAAAUGGGGCAUUAUUUUAUAGUAUACCCUCAAAGUUCAGCACUGAUGUUUAAAAGCAUUAUGGAUUAUUUUUGGAAGUAUGGAUUAUUUUUGGGUGUUAUAAUCUGAAAAGACCAGGAUAACAGGGAUUAAAUGUACCCCCAUGUUGGAGGGACCCCCUAAUAAAGAUCAGAUGGCCUCUCUCUCAGGAUCCUAUGUUACCAUAAAAUGCAGCCGCUGCUCAAAAAGUCCCAGAAAUAGGGAGCAUCUGUUCAUAACACAGUGUUGCUUUUUUUUUCUAGCUGUUUCUUUUUAAGAAAAAUAUUUUCUUUUGGUUUAAAUUAUAGAAAAAGGUUUUAUUGAAACUUUACAAACCGUUAUUGUUUUAUCAUUAAGCUUGGCAUUUGUUUAAUGUAAUGUUCAUAUUCACUUGAAUUUUAAAAUUGGUUAAAUUGUUAAUGAUAAAGCAGUUUGUUAAUUUUUAGUAGUGCCUUUUUCUCUGUAUGCCUUAAUUUUAUUUUAUAUUACUAAUUCAAGUUGCCCAACAAAAUGAAGAUUUUUCCAAAAUCAGUAGACUUAAAAGAGUUCAUUUGGCCUUAGACUAUGUAUUGGUUCUUAAAGCCUGCUUACUUCCUCCUACCCUUUUCUACCUCCUUUUUUUCCAAGUGUUAGGAGGGAAACAUUAGCAGUUGUCUGUGAUAGUCUGUAGUUUCUACUAAACGUGAAUCCCUAAAAUAAGCACUGAAAGGGGUGUUUUUGUUCUGAAGAGAUAAAUUAUUUUCUGAGUUGAUGACUUGAUUUUUAUUGGCAUUGUCCAAGUUCUUUGUAAUGUUGUAGUUCAGUUGUGAUUUCCAUAUCCCUGCUGAGGGGUUAUUUUUGCCCUGAGUUGGUCAUGUAAAUAAUUUACAGGCAAUGAUGUAGGACAAUGAGCAAGAAAUCCUGAGAUAGCCAAUUUGAAUCCUUAGAUUUAUUAAAAAUGUAAUCCUUAACAUUUUGACAUGCUCUAGCUUACUCUUCUACAAAGUCUGUGUGUGUGUGUGUGUGUGUGUGUGUGUGUGUGUGUGUGUGUGUGUGUGUGUGCAGGGAUGGAAAGGAACAAAAGGAGGAAAUGUUUGAAUGUUCGUUUAGAUCAAUUCUUGGAAGAACAGCUCAAAAAUGUAUGACCUACUGAUAAGAGGAUGAAAUUAAUCAAUUCCGUAAGUAGGAAUACCAGUACAUUUUCUAUAAUUAACUAGUACAAAUGAUUGUCUAAUAAAGGUAUUUAUUAUAAAUUGCCAAGUUCUUGGUUGCUAAAAAUAGACUGAAGCUCAAUUCGUGUGUUUAUGUGUAGAAUAUGAGCUUUUAUAUACUAACUAGAAAGUAACUGAUCUUUAGAUAGUUCUUCAUAAACUUUUUGGAAUAGAAAUUAUGCCAAACAUCUAGACAAGUUUUCUUAGCUUACUACGUACUAAAAAGGAAUUACCUUAUACAUCUUGUUUGCUUGGCUAGCAAGGGUGUGCUGUGGAGCCCUGUUUCUUAGCUGUCUUUAGCAUUGCUUUGACUUCUGUCAAGAUCUGGACUAGGUUUGGGGAGUAUCAGACUAGUUAUCUUUCUCGCCUCACCUUUCAGAGCUGUGGAUGGUAACGAGCUCCUGAGAGCCCAGAAAUGUCUUUUCUCAGAGGUAGUAGAGGCAAUCAGGGUUGGACUUCAGGAAAGUGAGGGAAGAAUCAUAGCUGUAAUAAGGAAGAUAAAUAAAUUACGUCUAUAAUCUCUAUACAGUCUCAUAUAAUUCUUCAUGUUUUUCUUACUUGUACAUUUUAGUUGUCAAGUUACAUGGUAUUUUUGUUAAUAACAGCAAAAGAAUUAAACCACUGACUACUAUCAACCAAUCCCUCUGCCUGAUGGCAUCUUAGUUGCAUCAUAAUCUGUAUUAUCAGAAUCACUUUAAACCAAAGCUUUUUAUAUUCCUUGCACACAUAGCCAAAAUGAGUUCCCUAUUACAUCUGCCCAUUUGUGAGCUAAUAGAUAACAAAUGAUAAAAACAGGUACUAGUAGAAUUUGUGUCCCAGUCUAUAUCCUUCAAGGAGAAGACCGGUGCUCAGUGUUUGCAUUUAGACAUGCAGAAUUUACUCCCAAUGAUUAGGAGCUUUAUAGACAUUACAGACUUUAGCUUGUCAUGUGCCAACCUUGUUAGUGUCACUUCACCAUAGAUGCAUGUAGAUACGUAUUGUCUGAUGCCUCAGGUUGGUGGCGUGUUUUCUUUCUAGUGUCUUACCAUUUAUGAGCUUGCGUUUGUUUGACUUGAGGGGCAUUUCAACAGUGCUGUGAAAAAAAAAGUUACAGACUGAUGUCUGCUUUGUGCCAUAGAUAUUCGGAACAUAAGGCAGUUUCUGCUCUUUAAUGUAUGUGUCAAGUUUGUCUCUAGUUAAGGAUUUCUGAACCUCUUAAUGCCAGUUGAGAAGAGUAAAGUUUAUGACUAUCCUGUAAAGCACUUUUGUGUUGACUUAUUUAUAUUUUUUUAGAACUUAGUUUUUAAAAUCAUAUGUAACUAGUAAUAAUUUUAGCAUUAGCAUUACACGGAGGGAAGAGAUGAGCAAUUACAUCUUAAACUAUUGUAGAUACUUAGACUCUGAAAGGGAUUUAUAUAUUCUCAUUUUUCCAAAGACUUCUACCUGGAAUAAGGAGAAAAGGACUAGUGGAAACAUUUGAGCUGGGAUGGCUAGGAUCAAAAGAAGGUGGGCCAAAAACCCUUUUCAAUUAAAAAGUACAGUAUCUAGGGAUAAGAGGACUUAAAGACAAUAAAUUGUUUAAAUGCAAUCUUAAGUAAAAGGUUUACAUUUUUUUCUAUCACUGUUGGUUUUUAAAUUUGGUAUCCUGAAUUCUGAAAUAUAUAAGAGUUACUACCAAAAAUACUUUUAAUGUGUGACAUCUCAUACAUUUCACAUGGUUCUUUUUAUUCAUUGUAAAUAAAAGUAAACUUGGAUAAAUUUAAAAUAACCUUAAUUGUUAUGAGUAUCAAUUUGUAAAUUUACCCUUUGACUUAAUGUACAUUUUUUAAUGUAGCCAUUAAAUUCUCUAUAUUUAACCUA